UGCUUCCAUCCCUUCCCCUCACUCCAUCUCCCUCCCCAUCUGGCAGAUGUGAGCCUGUCCUUCGUUUACCCAAACAACAUCCGCUGCGCCGCCGUCGCCAACCGGCCGCAUCCUACGAUACCUACAUCUUUAAUCGAGCGCUCUCGCACACCAACGGACAACAGCUAACACAGCACGCGCCGCCCAACAUGCGGUUCUUCAGCCUGUUCCUCGCCGUGCUGGCGCCGUUGCUGGCAAUGGCCCAGUCCACAGAACAGAUGCUCUACUCGACGUCGCUCAACACAUGCCAGCCCAACUCGGGCUUCACGGCCAGCCAGUUCCUCGUCACCUUCAUACCAAGGAACAACACCGUCCAGCUCAAGCUCAAGUCCAUCUCGACAAUCGAGGGCCGCAUCAUCGUCAACUUCAAGCUCCUCGCCUACGGAAUCGAGAUCCAGGGAGGUUCCAUCAACCCAUGCGACAUGAAGAUCUCGGGCUUCUGCCCCAUGAACGCCGGCCAGCUGCCCGAUCUCGAAUCCCAGGAGGUCCUCAACCCAUCCAUCGCCAAAAUGAUCCCUCGAUCGCCUACAAUUUCCCCGACAUCGAUGCCAAGGUCCGCAUCACCAUCAACUCGCUCGACACCAAGGCCCAGCUCGCCUGUAUCGAGGCGCCUAUCUCAAACGGCAAGACGGUCGAUCUCGUCGGUGUCAAGUGGGCUACUGCUCUCGUUGUUGGUCUCGCCCUCGUCUCGUCGGCCGCUCUCUCCACUGUCGGACACUACAACGCCGCUUCUCACGUCGCUGCCAGCGCCCUCUCUCUGGUCGGCUUCUACCAGACUCAGGCUCUGAUCGGCAUGAUCGAGGUCCGCCUCCCGCCCGUUGUGCAGGCAUGGACACAGGAUUUCCAGUGGAGUCUGGGCGUCGUUAACGUCGGCUUCCUCCAGGAUAUCUUCACCUGGUACCUUCGCGCCACCGGCGGCACUCCUUCUCACGUCCUGAACAGUGUCGGCACAGUCUCUGUCGAGGUCCAGAAGCGCGGACUCGAGCUUGUUCAGCGCGGGAUCGACCUCUUCAAGCGCGAUGAGGUCCAGACUGGCUACGGCGCAUACGUCAUCUCUGGCCCUGAUCGUGUGGCUUUCCGCGAGGCCAUGGAUACGACAAACAUCUUCCUCACCGGUAUCGUCACCUAUGUCGUUGUUAUGAUCUUCAGCUGCAUCUUUGUCGCACUGGCCAAGUUCAUCAUGGACGGCCUGGCCAAGGUCCGUGUGAUCAAGCAUGACCGGUUCAUCGACUUCAGAUCCUCGUGGCUUCCGACUCUCAAGGGUGUGCUCUACCGCUUUACCCUGAUUGGCUUCCCUGCCAUCUGUUUCCUCUGCCUCCUCGAGCUCAAGCGCCGCGACUCUCCCGCUCUUGUUGUCGUGGCUGUUGCCUUCCUGCUCGGCACAAUCGGCACGCUGGCUUACGUUGCGUACACCGUCAUCGUCAUCGCGCGCCGUUCCAUUGUUCUCCACAAGAACCCUGCUUACAGCCUGUACGCUGAGGACUCGGCGUUGAACCGCUGGGGCUUCUUGUACAUCCAGUUCCGCGCCUCGGCAUACUACUUUGUUGCCGUCCUGCUUGGGUACAUGUUUGUCAAGUCGCUUGUUAUCGCUGUCGCCAGCGGCAUCGGCUUGGCCAUUGCCCUCAUGAUCGUCGAGGCCGCCGCACUGAUUGGUGCCUCUGUCAUGCGCCCGUGGAUGGACAAGAAGAUGAACUCGUUCAACAUUGCCAUCAGCGCCAUCAACUUCUUCAACACGAUCUGCAUCUUGAUCUACACCGAUGUCUUCGGACAGCCUGGUAUCGUUACUAGCGUUGCCGGCGUCGUCUUCUGGGUUGUCAAUGCCGUCUUCACCACCGUGCUCCUUCUCAUGAUCAUCAUUAAGUCUAGACCCCCCAUUGCGACCAGUGCGCAUGGCGACCACCCCCCAACCUGCGCAUGAGGGCAUCACCGACCACAUGGUCACUCUGCAAUAACUGAACAAGCAUUCGUUAAAAAGGCUUCAAAUCAAUUGAUCCGCACCUCAAUGCAGCUCUCCUCGUCACUGUCGUCUUCAAUGAUCUCUACCUCGUC